AUGGCUCCUGUGGUGCACAAACGUGGGCCAUGGGGUCCACAGGAGGAUCAAACACUAUUGGGCUGUGUCGCAUGCGGAGGUCCCCAGAAUUGGGUCCGAAUAUCAGCGAUCGUGGGCACUAGAACACCAAAACAGUGUCGCGAACGAUAUCAUCAAAAUCUCAAGCCAGCGCUCAAUCAUGCUCCAAUCACCGCGGAGGAGGGUGCGCUCAUUGAGAAACUAGUUGGCCAAAUAGGGAAGCGAUGGGCGGAGAUAGCCAGACGACUACCAGGACGUAGUGAUAAUGCCGUCAAGAACUGGUACAAUGGGGGUGUCAACCGACGAAAGCGUAUGGUCGUUCGACGUGAAACCGCUGGAAGAUCAGCAGCACAUGAUUCAGCCCAUCGCCGUCAGCAACUCUCCCUGCACCGUACUCCGCCUGAGUCACUGCAAAGCCAUCAGCAACUGAGUACGUUCUCAGGCCAGUCACCCGAAGGAGCGCAGAUGAUAUCACCGACCCGGUCUGACAUCUCCAUGGCAGACUCUGUUGGAGAAGCGCCUUCGCUCGUGUCCGACAAUGGUUCUCAGCGUACAGUGACUUCCCCCCCGAGCAUCCCUACUCGCAGCGCUACCCGCACGCUCCGACACACUAUCCACUGA